AUGGCCAACGACGAAUAUGAUGUACGUCUUGCCCCUCUCCCUACCCUCCUUAUCGUCCUGAUCGGAGACUCUGGAGUCGGAAAGUCCAACCUUCUCAGUCGAUUCACCCGCAAUGAGUUCAACCUAGACUCAAAGUCGACCAUCGGUGUCGAGUUCGCCACCAGAUCUAUCCAGGUCGACUCAAAGACAAUCAAGGCCCAGAUUUGGGACACAGCUGGCCAAGAGCGAUACCGCGCCAUCACUUCCGCCUACUACCGAGGCGCUGUCGGUGCUCUCCUCGUUUACGACAUUAGCAAGCACCAGACCUACGAAAAUGUCACACGAUGGCUCAAGGAGCUGCGGGACCAUGCCGACGCCAACAUUGUCAUUAUGCUGGUUGGAAACAAGAGCGAUUUGCGACACCUGAGGGCUGUUCCCACCGAAGAGGCCAAGUCUUUUGCCAGCGAGAACCACCUGUCCUUUAUCGAGACGUCUGCCCUCGAUGCCAGCAACGUCGAACUUGCGUUCCAGAACAUUCUGACUGGUUCGUUAUUCACCCGGUCUCCUCAACCUCUGUGGCUCCAACUGACAAUAUGGACAGAAAUUUAUCGCAUUGUUUCAAGCAAGGCCCUUGACAGCGGUGACAGCGCUCAGGCCACCAUAGGCGCAGGCACCAAUAUCUCCCUGAGCAAGCCUGCCGACGACGAUGCUACCAAGGGCGGAAAGUGCUGUUAA